CAAAACAAACAAACCGCUCAAGAACAAUCUACGUGGAUUCUUUUUAGGAAAAGUUUUCGCAGUUCCGUUAAACAAUUUUUAAUACAAAUGUAGUUCUAAUUGUGGAAGUCUUUACUAAGUUAGUUUACUGCUUGACGAGUGUUUGGCAAAAUCACGAUGGAGCGGAAUUCGGUGCAGACGGUGACAUUGACGAACAGCAUCAUUGGAGUUGGAAUACUAUCAAUGCCGUUCUGCUUUCAAAGGUGCGGCGUAAUCCUCUCGUUAGUUCUUCUUUUACUCAGCAGUUACAUCACAAAGCUAAUAUGCAGUUACAUGAUCAAGUCGGCCAUCAUAUCCCGGCGGAAAAACUUCGAACAGAUUGCAUUCUACUCGUUCGGUUUCUUCGGAAAGCUUCUGGUCGAACUUUGCGUCGUUGGCUACCUGCUUGGGACGUGCGUGGCCUACUAUGUCGUGGUCGGGGAUUUGGGUCCGCAGAUUAUGGCCAAAAUUCUAUCAACCAACGAAACGAGCACGCUACGCACCUGGACCAUGAUCGUGGUUACGCUGGUUUGCAUCGUUCCGCUGGGAUUGCUGCGCAACGUUGACAGCUUGGCGUCGGUUUGUACCGCCUCGCUUGGGUUCUAUAUGUGUUUGGUGCUGAAGGUGAUGGCGGAGUCGAGCGAGCGGAUCAGCCAGGAUCAGUGGUUUGAGAAGCUGGAUUUGUGGAAGCCGGAUGGGAUUUUGCGGUGCUUGCCGAUUUUCAGUAUGGCGCUUUCGUGUCAGAUGCAGCUGUUUGAGGUGUACGCCACGAUGCCUACGACUUCGCUGGAUAAGAUGAGUCGCGUGAUCCAACAGUCGACCAACAUUUGCGCUGUUAUUUACAGUUUGAUUGGCUUUUUUGGGUAUGUUGCCUUUAAUGGGCAUCAGUUUUCGGGGAAUAUUCUGGUUGACUUCACGCCUUCUUUCGUGUCGGACAUCAUCAAGAUCGGGUUCGUCCUGUCGGUGGCAUUCAGCUUUCCGUUGGCCAUCUUCCCGUGUCGCGCGAGUCUCUACUCGUUGCUGUACAAACGGUCCUACUCCGACAGCCAUUACUACAUUCCAGAGGCCAAAUUCCGGCCGCUCACGUUGACGAUCGUCUUUAUGGCACUGCUACUUGGCCUCGCCGUCCCAUCGAUCGAUUUCGUUCUCGGUUUGGUCGGUUCGACGAUCGGAGUGGCGGUUUGCAUAAUUAUCCCGGCAGCGUGUUACAUGCACAUCUGCAAAACCAACAUCUCCGAGAAGCAGCUGGCCCAGGUCAUGAUCGGGUUUGGCCUGGUGAUUAUGGUCCUGGGAACGUACGCCAACCUGGACGCCUCAAAUCCGGCUCCGCCGAAGAAGUACGAAGCCGUUCCGCUCAAAAUUACGCCUCCACCGGCGGUUUUAAUUCCGGACAAAUUCAACGAAGCGUUGAACGAAAAGAUUGUUGUUCCGAAACUGGUAGAACCAGUCGCUCCAAAGGUUCAGGAAGUUCCUCUCGUCACCGAGAAGGUCCAGCCAAAGAUCGAGGAACCGAUAACUAUCAAACCGGUGGUUGAAGUCGCCAACUCAGCGCCCAAAGAAGUCAAGCCUCCGGUAUCGGAAGAACCCCCCAAACCAGACAAGGAAGAAAUCAUCGACGAGAACGCAAUUCUCAAAGAGGAGAAGGAAAUCGCCGUCGAAGAAAAAGAGAAAAUUCAGCAGGAAAUUUCCGAGCUGCAAAGCGCCAAGAAAGAGCUCGAAGCACAAGUCCAAAACAUCAAAGAGCAACUCGUUAAGAAGAACGAGGAAACGCAACAGUUGGUGCUGAAAAAGUUUGACGAAAUUGUCGAAAAAAUCGACCAAAAAGCCUCCAAGGAAAAGGAAUCGUCCGUGACGGUCAAGCCAGAAGAGCCACCAAAAAAAGCCCCAGAACUGCAGAAAGAUCCAAUCGUUCGCCUUCUGACGGAGCAGGGAAAGCAAAACGCCAAAGCAAACGAAACCAAAGUGGAACCGGAACCGGAGCCCAAACCCGACUCGUCGCCCGCCAUAGAGGUGAAGCUGAUCGAGGACACGUCCCGCAACGAAACCGACCAGAAGCAACCGGAGACGAAGAAGGUGGCGGAGGCGGAGGAGCAACCGCUGCCGCCACUUCCGGUUGAGCAGAAGGUGGAACCGGAGGAUAAGUCGAAAGUGGAGGAGCAGAAGAAGGAUGAUGAUGCGGGGUCGAAGCGGGAUCUGCUUUCGAUACGGAGCAAGCGAGGUGCUGAAAGUGCUGGGGAGGUGAAGGUAACGAAGGAUGCGAACUGUGUGAAGGUUGAGGGCGGGAAGAUUCCGAACCAGGAAGCGGUGGGAAAUCUCAUGGACGGCAAGGAUAAAUUUGUCGUCGACAUGAUCCGGACUGAUGUGCUGAUGAGUGAGGGUAAGCUAUUUAAGAAAUAAAUGUAUUUAUAUUUGUGUA